AUGCAACACACUAAUCAUGAUGAUAUUCAUGAGCAUAAUGAGAAUGUUAAUUCUAUGUCAUCAAGUCAUCUAGUUAAUCAUGGAAAUGAAGGAUUAUUUCUUAGUUAUAUCUAUUUAGGAAUAUAUCUAUUAUGUUUAGGAAUUUGGUGGUGGAUUCAAGCAUUAAGACAACAUUAUUCUACCAUAAAACAUAAUCAUAAUCAUAAUGAACCAUAUACGACAACUGUAUCGAUUGGAUCACGGUGUUGUUGUAAACAUCGUUUAGGUGGAGGUUUAUGUAAACUAAUUUGUUGUAUCAUUGGUAUUGGUGUAGAAUUGAUCACAUUGAAAUUAGGUCGUCAUCAUGAAUAUGCUCAAUUUCCAUUUUAUACAGCAAUGUUAUUAGUUGGUUUAUUGGAUAUAUUCAUGUGUACAAUAAUUGUAUUACCGAAAGGAUUUGAUUCUAUGAUAUAUGCAUUACCAUUCUUUGUACAAACCUAUUGUUUACGUGCUCAAUCCUAUCAACAACCACAUAUUACAGAAACAUGUUGUUUAUUGAUUAGUUAUUGGGGAUUCAUAGUUGGUUGUUCGAUUAUACAUGAAAUGAUGAUGAUGACGACAAUGAAGGGAGUUGAGGUUGGAAUGAUGGUGGGGGUGAACAAAUCCUUAUUAUGGACAUGGAUCAAAUGUUUCAGUGUGAUGAUACAUGGAUCAUGGAUAUGUCAAAGUGGAUUUUUAUUAAAUUCUCCAUUCAAUCAAGCAUGGGAUGAAAGUGAUCAUGAUAAAGUGAUGUUAACUGUUGUGAUAUUUGUAUGGCAUAUGUUUAUUGUUAUGAUUGGACAAUUAUUAUUAUUAAUAGUAAUGGCUAAAUGUUAUGGUGUUUCAUCAGAUUGGACUGAGAUGACGAACUCGUCGACUAGAAAGACACCAUCAUAUAAAUAUGAUAGAGAAUCAUUGAAUAAAUCUAAUUCCACCAAUCAAUAUGAUAAUAUUGAAUAUACACAAUUACUGAAUACAGACUAUAUUGAAUAG